UGAGGAAGCAGCAAGCGUAUAAAAGUCACAGUGUUGACUGUUGCACACCACACCCUGACACAGACUUCAAGAUGGCGUUGUUGCUUGUCCUGGUGAUGCUGACAGUUUGUGGUGCAAGUCCUCGGGAUCUGUCAGGUAAAAUGCUUACCUUCCCAGAGGAAACUAUCGCAGCUAAUGUAACGUUGAGUACACCAACAGAGGAUUUCAGUGCUGUAACUGUCUGUCUCAGGUCCUUUACAGACCUCAGCAGAGGCCACGUCCUUUUCUCAUUGGCCACACCCUCUGCUCCCAAUGCCUUCCUGAUUUUCAAGCUUCCUGAUUUGUUUGAUUUAUUUGUCAUGGACAAAAGAACACAGUUUAGAGGACAGGACUACAAGCUGAAUGCAUGGCACUCUAUUUGUUCUACAUGGGAUUCUGCAUCUGGACUGGUACAGCUGUGGUUUGAUGGAAAUCCCUCGAUUAGGAAAUAUGUUGGCGGAUCAAAAAUCAGUAGUCCCAUUAUUAUGUUAGGCCAGGAGCAGGAUUCCUAUGGUGGGGGGUUUGACAUCAAGCAGUCGUUUGUUGGCAUGAUGUCUGAUGUCCACAUGUGGGACUAUGUCGUUUCCCCCUGUGAGAUCCAGCGCUACGUGGACGAUCUAAAUUUCACCCCAGGGAAUGUGCUCAACUGGAGGGCGCUGGAGUUCCAGAUCACAGGAAGGGUGCUGAUAGAAGACAAACAGACAAUCUGUCAUUAAAACAGAACCUUAAGUGAUGCUCCAUACAAUGUUUUACAAAUCACAAACCUUUUUCCUAUCAGUGUCUUCUAUAAAAUUAAUGUCACUGACUGUGCAAUUGUCACAUGUAAUUAUAUGAAUGUGACAUUGCAGU